AUGUGUAAAGAGACUUUCGACCUUGCGGUGUUGAGCGAGACAUGGUUAAAUACUAAAAUCGAUGCAAGUCCUUUGCUGGACGUUUUAGCAACACGCUAUAUGGUAUUCAGAUGCGACAGUGAAAGAUCUCAUCCCGUAAGUGUGACUUUUUCUGAAUCUGUAAAGGAUGCCUAUGAAGUGUUGGCAUGUGAUAUUUGGUUUUACUCGUUGCAACUUAGAGUUAUAGCAGUCUAUAGGGCUCCGUCAUGUUCUUCUGGAAAAACUGAUCAACUUGUCAAAGCCAUCAGUGAUUUGUGUACGUGUGACUAUAGCUGUAUCGUUGCUGGGGAUUUUAAUGUUAAUCAUAGUUUCGUUGUCCAAGAUUCUCAAGGUGACGCUAUUAACCAUGGAUUGAUCCAAAAAGUCUCUUUCCCUACUAGACAUAAUUCGGUGCUGGAUUUGCUUUUGUGCAAUGAUCGUUCUCUUAUUCGAGAUGUUCGCAAGUCCCCACCUCUAGAUUUCAAAAACGCUAAUUUCAAUGCUAUGAGGGCUUACUUGAGGAAUAUUGACUGGUUUGGUUCUUUUAAUACUGUCUCAGGAGUAAAUGAAAAAUAUGACAUGUUCGUGAGUAUACUUCACCAUGCUAUGGACAUGUUUAUUCCUUACCGACUCAGUCCACAGAGAUCCAAACUUAUUCUGCCUGGCUAUUUAACUUCUAUGGAGAAAGCUAGGGAAAGACUUUGGAAUAAGGCGGUUUUCUCUCAGUCUUCGGUUGAUUGGGCAGCUUUUCAGGCUUUCAACAGAAAGUGGACCACAAAGCUUGCUAAGUAUAAAGCAUAUGUAGAGAAGAAAAAGUUGACCAAGGGAGGUUUAAAGGCGUUGUAUUCUCUCUUGAAAGAUCGGCUCACUGAGAAACAAAAUGUCGGGAUUUUAAUGAAUGAUAAUUCCCAAAGGGCGAUAAGGGAUUAUGAUAAGGCGAACGUGCUAGCAGAUGCUUUUGAAAAAGCGUUUCUUUUGACUUCGGACUCAGCUCAUAACAUUGGUUCUUCUAAGGUGGAAUCCGAUGACUCUGCGCCUUGGUUUGAUAAAAACACUAUUGUUGAAGUCCUGGAGAAAUGGUCAUCAGCGGCCGCGAUCAAUAGUGAAGAUAUUCCAUUUGUAGUU